UCCGUAGCAGAUCCAAAAUGGCGGCGGUUGCGUGGGCCCCGCCGUAAAAAAAUCGAACAGCGAGUGAAUGAAGUCAGCUGACUUCAGCCUGCUGUCACGCACCGCAGUAUCCAACGAUUCUCUUUCGAGGCAAGACACGAAAAGGACAGUUCACGAUCAGACGGUAAACGACUAUUAACCUUUGAAAAUGGACACAUCCAAGCUGCCCAAGAUCAGGGAUGAGGACAGAGAGAGCCAGUUUGGAUACGUCCAUGGCGUCUCUGGACCAGUGGUGACAGCAACGUCCAUGGCAGGAGCAGCCAUGUAUGAGCUGGUUCGUGUUGGCCACAGCGAGCUGGUGGGAGAGAUUAUCAGGCUAGAGGGAGACAUGGCCACCAUCCAGGUCUACGAGGAGACGUCUGGUGUGUCAGUGGGAGAUCCUGUGCUGCGGACAGGAAAGCCUCUCUCUGUCGAGCUAGGUCCAGGAAUCAUGGGUUCCAUCUUUGAUGGUAUCCAGCGGCCUUUAAAGGACAUCAACGACCUGACACAGAGCAUCUACAUCCCCAGAGGAGUAAACAUUGGAGCCCUCAAUCGAGACCUCAAGUGGGACUUUUGUCCUAGCAAGAGCCUGCGGGUCGGCAGUCACAUCACGGGAGGAGACAUCUAUGGCAUGGUCCACGAGAACUCCCUCAUCAAGCACAAAAUCAUGCUGCCUCCCAAGAACCGAGGCACUGUGACCUAUGUGGCUCCACCUGGAAACUAUGACAUCUCCGAUGUGGUGAUGGAGCUGGAGUUUGAGGGUAUUAAGGAGAAGUUCACAAUGGUGCAGGUGUGGCCUGUCAGACAGAUUCGGCCUGUCACAGAGAAGCUGCCCGCCAAUCACCCGCUGCUGACCGGUCAGAGAGUGCUGGACGCCCUUUUCCCAUGUGUUCAGGGAGGAACCACUGCCAUCCCGGGAGCCUUUGGCUGUGGAAAGACUGUCAUCUCUCAAUCUCUGUCCAAGUACUCCAACAGUGAUGUCAUCAUCUACGUAGGCUGCGGGGAGCGUGGGAACGAAAUGUCAGAAGUACUCCGAGACUUCCCUGAGCUGACCAUGGAGGUGGACGGAAAGACAGAAAGCAUCAUGAAGAGAACAGCUCUGGUGGCCAACACGUCCAACAUGCCCGUCGCUGCCAGAGAGGCCUCCAUCUACACAGGAAUCACACUGUCUGAAUACUUCCGAGAUAUGGGUUACAACGUGAGCAUGAUGGCUGACUCCACCUCCCGUUGGGCUGAGGCACUCAGGGAGAUUUCUGGGCGUCUGGCUGAGAUGCCUGCCGACAGCGGUUAUCCUGCCUACCUGGGCGCCCGACUUGCCUCCUUCUAUGAGCGUGCUGGAAGAGUCAAGUGUCUGGGCAACCCUGAGAGGGAGGGCAGCGUCAGCAUCGUGGGAGCCGUGUCGCCUCCUGGUGGUGACUUUUCCGAUCCAGUCACCUCCGCCACUCUUGGCAUCGUUCAGGUGUUCUGGGGCCUGGAUAAGAAGCUGGCUCAGAGGAAGCACUUCCCCUCCGUCAACUGGCUCAUCAGCUACAGCAAAUACACUCGAGCUCUGGACGAAUAUUACGACAAGCACUUCCCCGAGUUCGUGCCCCUGCGCACAAAGGCAAAGGAGAUCCUGCAGGAGGAGGAAGACCUGGCUGAAAUCGUGCAGCUCGUCGGAAAGGCUUCACUGGCAGAAACGGAUAAAAUCACCCUGGAAGUGGCCAAACUGAUUAAAGAUGACUUCCUGCAGCAGAAUGGUUACACUCCCUACGACAGGUUCUGCCCCUUCUACAAGACCGUGGGCAUUCUGUCCAACAUGAUAGCUUUCUACGACAUGGCGCGGCACGCGGUGGAGACCACGGCUCAGAGUGACAACAAGAUCACCUGGGCCAUCAUCAGGGAGCACAUGGGAGAAAUCCUCUACAGGAUCAGCUCCAUGAAAUUCAAGGACCCAGUGAAGGACGGCGAGGCCAAGAUAAAGGCAGAGUACGCCCAGCUGGUGGAGGACAUGCAGAACGCCUUCCGUACGCUGGAGGAGUAGGCGUCCACUGCGUCCGCCCGUCCACUUUCCAUCUCUUGACCACCCUCCAGUGCGGAAUCACAUUCCACCUCUGCGUGCUCCCAGACCCUGUGUUCGCCCUCCCGUGCUCCUUCGCGAGUGACCGUGUGUGUUUUCAGUUUCAUGUGGAGGGAAAAGAGAAAGAUGUACUGUAUUCAUUUGACUUUAUUUUUGUGGCUGGACCGAGCUGUACUCUGGAUCCUCUGCAUGGUCACAUAUCGUGUGUGUAUGUGUAUGUGUGUGUGUGAGAGUUAAGUGUGUGUGACAGGCAGAUCUCAUCUCCCCAUUUCUUCCUCUCUCUGUUUACAUGAUUAGUGUGCGUAGCUGUAUUGCUCUUCCUAAAGAGGAUUGUUGAGUUGAUGUAUUGUAAUUCACAGACCAUCUGUACAGAAGAGUAUUGAAUAUAAAUUUAAUAAGAUCAGUCUAUUUAUUGCCAGCAUUUUGAUGUAGAGGCUUUCCUUUUUGUUUUAAUGGUUGUGUUUCACGCUGUGCAGUCAUGUACUUUGCUGUGUGAAUGUGUCGGAGUCAGACUCCGAUGCUCUGCUGUCAAACUGUUUCAUCAUGAUACUCCCAAAGAAUUAAAACAUGGGGAAAAA